AUGCUUAAUAAAUUAUUCGCUGCGCCUGAAUAUCGCGUUCUAAUUAUGAGUCUUGAUGUAUCAGGAAAAACAACAAUUCUUUAUAAAUUAAAACUUAAUGAAACUGUUCAAAGAAUUCCGACUAUUGGUUUCAACGUAGAAAUAGUGAUGUUUAACCAUACUUCUUUAACUAUUUGUAAUGUAGGUGGGCAUGAUAAAAUCCAUCCUUUAAUGCGACACUAUUUUCAAAAUACACAUGCUGUUAUUUUGGUGCUCGAGUCAACUGAUAGAGAUCGAUUACCGCAAGCAACAGAAGCAUUGUGGCGUGUAUUAUCAACCGUCGAAUUAAUCUACAUACCCAUAUUAAUCUAUUUAAAUAAAAUCGAUUUACCUGAUGGAAUGAAACCUGAAAGUAUUAUUAAAGAAAUGAGACUUAAUAACAUUAGAAAUAGACAAUGA